AUGGCUUUGGAUGACUUAAAUUACAAAGUGAGAUCCCAGAUAGUAAGUGGAAUAGAUAUACUUACUGCGGUGAAGCAAUACAAAGAGGAAGCGCAGAAAUCAAAGUACGAUGAGAACGUCGACAUAGAUGCUCGGUUAAAGCAGCUCUCUUCUAGCAUCACUUAUUCGGAUCAGGUGGCCGAACUUGUGGAGAGUUUGGACGAUAAAGAGAAAAUAGAAAAGCUUUUGUCCUUGAGUCACGAUCCUUCCAGGGAUGUUGAUUAUUAUAUCCUUUUGAAGUUGGUACUAAUGUGCUUAAAAGAACAAGAGUUGGCACCUUUGUUCGACAGAUGGAUGAGUAUCAACGUUUUUCCUCUGUCCACUAAUAUUAUGGCUUGGAGCUGUAUAGACGAGAUAUGUGGAAAGCUUUGUGUGGGACCCUUGGCACUUCUAAGGGCCUCUUCAACCAAAGAAUUCGAUACUAAGGUUGAUCAUCUCAUUCCGCUCGAUUCCCAUAGUAAAAACAAAAAUUUCCGUACCAUUCUGCGAUACAUAUUUGCACUUAAAGUGUUUGAAAAGAGCCCAAUUGCCGUGGAAAUUGGUGCUAAGUUCACCAAGUAUUGUCUUUGCUCUCUUCAAGAGCAUAAAUUCCCCAAGGCUAAUGAGUCCAAUGAGCAAGUAGACCUUUUGAUUAUUGCUUGCAUCUAUUUGCUUCAUCAAUAUCCCCACAGUAAACUAUUCGAUGCUCAUUCUAUAGCAGAGAAGGCACUUUAUGUUUCCUACCACAGUAUUCCAGUAAUGAAACUAUGGUGCUUUUCUGCUAUAUCAGAGAAGAAAAGUAUUGAGGUGCUUCCCGUCUUCAAAACAUACCUUCACUAUGUUACCGAUACAAUAAUGAAGCAUGGUAAUGACUUCUUCGAUCCUGUGGGUACCAUUGAAACAUAUGUCGUGGUUAUUAGCCACGUGACGCAAACCUGGGAGAACCCAGAAAGAGAGCUUUUUGAGCGAGUCUGCGAUUGGGUAGGAGAAUUGAAAUCGUGCAUCAAUGACUUUAUCAAAUUUGUGUGCGCCUCAUCUGAGUUGUAUACUACCACCCUUCGGCAAUAUAUGUCUUCUAUUUGGUUCCGGCUUGGUUUCAUCUACGAAAGACUUUGUUUUGUGUAUACGACGGCAGAAGAUGGUCUGGAUAAACGAAUUGAUAGUGCCUGUCGAUACUACAAAAAAUCGAUUGAUUUAAUUGAGUGCAUGCCUGCAAAACAGGUUGAAUUUGCUGAUUACUACUACCGUUAUGCGUUGAUUAUGGCCAAAAAACUUGAGUAUUCCGAAGCAAUUAAAGCCAUGAAGCAGGCACUAAAAAUAGAUCCAAAUGCCGUUGAAUAUCUCAAUGUUAUUGUACUACUCUAUUCUGCUGUUGAAGAUAGUAUGAGCAAGCCGUUGGGUAUUGCCAGAGAGGUAUUAGAGAGCUUUAAGGCGGGGGAUUGGAUCAAUCGUCCUCUAAAAGAUAGAUUGAAUGUACUUCAGAUGUACAUGACAUUUAUAGCCCUUGUUGAAGCUUCUUCGAGCUGUUUUGAGGCUUUGGAUUUCCUUCAGGAGUUGUUUAAUUUGGCUCAUAAGCUGUUGGGAGUAUCUGCUACCAUGGUCAGUGAGAACGGAUCUUCUAAAACUAAAGGUGACCUUGUUAGAAUCAUUUCUUCUCAUAGACCUUCGAUUAGAGAUCCCAAGGACGAUUUGCACCAGCUGUUGAGAACCGCAAAGCCUAAGCGUGGUGUUUUUAAUCUGAUAAGAACAAAGAAAAUUAACAAGCCUAAAAGUGAUCUAGUGAAGAGGUCGCAACAGAAGGAGGGACAAGUACCGCAGAUUGUCGCACAUCCCUCUGAUGAAGAAAAACGCAUAAUGCACCACCUAUGGCUUUGGUCUUCAAAGUUGUUUGAGAAAUGUGGACAAUUAUCUGAUGCUGAAGGAUGUAUCAAAGAAGCCGAAUCAGUCUAUCAGAAAACAAGUGAUUCGUACGCUCGAUUAGGUCAAUUACUCCUAAACAACAAUCCUAAAUUGGCAUUACAGCAGUUAGAAAUAGCGUUAGAGAUGAGUCAAGACACAAAUGUGGAAGCAAUUCUUGGAUUCGCCAAACUCGUUUUAUCCGAGGAUGGUAAGAAGGUGUUUAUAGGAGAGCAAGAUGAAAGAGCGGCUGUUGGUAGAUGCCAGAAUUACCUUCAAAUUCUCUCCUAUAAGUAUGAAUGUUUAACUAUGUCCGAGAUCUACUAUUAUCUGUCGGAGAUUUACGAGAGAUAUAACGAUGAGCCAAUGGUUGAGAAGACCUUAUGGAAGGUGAUCAGCCUUGAGGGAAAGAGACCUGUUAGGACCUUGCAGGGUGGCUUUUAG